AUGAUUGAACAAAAUGCUAGACAAUGGCAUGAAACUCUGAUACAAGCAUUAUGGGCAUAUAGAACGAGUUCUCAUUCAACUACCAACAUCACACGUUUUCAGUUAGUAUAUGGACAAGAAGCAGUUUUGCCUCUAGAGAUAAAUGUCCAAUCAAUGCGGAUAGCCUUACAAACUAAUUUGAGCGAAGAAGAUUAUACAGAAGCUAUGAUGCAAAAUUUGUUAGAAUUGGAUGAAAUCAUAUUAGAUGCACUUACUAGGAUCGAGAUACAAAAGGCAAAAGUAGCCAAAUGUUACAAUAAAAGGGUAGUGGCAAAGUCAUUUGAGCGAGAGGAAUUAGUAUGGAAAGCCAGAUUAGCUUUUGAAACGAAAGACCCGAAAUAUGGAAAGUGGCCACCUAAUUGGGAAGGACCAUACCAAGUGCAAUCUGUAUUGCCUAAUGGCGCGUAUCAUCUGAAGGACUUGGAAGGAGAUGUACACAUUCAUGCCAUAAAUGGCAAAUAUUUGAAAAAAUAUAUCCCAUCAGUUUGGGAACAUGAUAAUAUAUGA